AUGUCCAAACGCUCACGAAGCUCGAGUCCGCCAUCUCUUGACGUAUCGUCAUCCCCGAGUCCAAGGUCUGCUACGUCUGAACCGGACAGUAAGAUCUUACACUGGGAUCCAGAACCUGUCACCGAGGUUAUGCAGUGUGCUCUACCGCCGCACCGCGAGACUCUCUCGUUCACUUCGUACGAAGACUACGAGGUUCACUACCGACAGACCCAUGUCAAUCGCUGCUCUCAAUGCAGUAGGAAUUUUCCCACGGGCCAUUUCCUGAACCUUCAUAUCGAAGAGAAUCAUGAUCCUCUUGCGUCCGCGCGGCGCGCGCGCGGCGAAAAGACCUUUGGAUGUUUCAUUGAAACAUGCGAUCGGAAGUGCUCGACUCCUCAGAAGCGUAGACUUCAUCUCAUAGAUAAGCACAUGUUCCCUCAGAGCUAUAAUUUCUACAUCAUCAAUGAUGGUAUUGAUAGACAGACGUCGAUGCUGAGGCCCUUAAACAGCCACAGAAGACGCAUCUCUCAUGUGUCUAUCUCAUCCCACGAGGGAAGAUCGCGGCGCCGCAGCUCAGCAUCUCAAACAAAACCGCCAGUCAUUCCACUUCAGGCGCCAGAGUCUCAGCCAAGAGCUCAACAGAAGUCAGAUGACAUGGAGAUCGACGAGCUGGAAAAGUCAAUGUCCGCACUCCGCUUUGUGCCGACCAGCGUAGCCAGGAACCGGCCCAUAACACCUCGAAAGAAACCUUAG